AUGGAGGGGGCAGACAAAAUCGAUAAUCAUAAGCACAAGGAGUCGAAAGAAGGCCGGGGUGCGAAAGAAAAGAAGAAGGAUCUAAAAGCCAAAAAGGAUGGCUCUCGAAAAGAACGUCAUAACCAUCGAGCCUUCUCUGUUGCGAACAUCGUUAGGACUCAAAGAACAAUUCAAAGGAACCUUGAUAGAUCACAGAAGAAAGAAUAUGUGCCGCAGAAAGAUCGCCGAAGCGCACAUCCAAAUCAAUCACCACCUUCACUGGUGGUGGUCAUGGGGCCAAAAGGGGUUGGGAAGUCGACCCUUAUACGGUCCCUAGUGAAGAUUUACACAAAUCAAAAUUUGACAACCACUACAGGCCCAGUUACAGUUGUCAUCGGAAAAAACAAAAGAAUCACAUUACUAGAAUGCCCUAAUCAGCCAGCAAGUAUGCUGGACUGUGCAAAGAUUGCUGACUUGGUCUUGCUCUGUGUGGAUGCAAAGUUUGGUUUCGAGAUGGAAACAUUCGAGUUUCUAAAUAUUCUUCAGACACAUGGCUUUCCAAAGGUGAUGGGCGUUUUCACGCAUCUAGAUCAGUUUCACACGGCAAAGAACCUCCGAAAAACAAAAAAGCUAUUGAAACAGAGGUUCUGGACAGAGAUCUACGAGGGCGCGAAGAUGUUUUAUUUCUCUGGUAUUGUGAACGGGAAGUAUCUAAAGAAUGAAGUGAAACAGCUGACGCUGUUUAUUUCAAGGGUGAAGUAUAGACCUUUGGUUUGGAGGAACACACAUCCAUACGUUUUGAUCGACAGACACGAAGACAUCACCCAUCCAAAUGUAACCGACAAGGAUCCAAAAUGCGAUCGCAGCAUAACAUUCUAUGGGUAUGUCCGAGGGAGUCAUUUGAAAGCUGGUAUGAAAGUUCAUUUGAUCGGGGUCGGAGACUUCGACAUGUCAAUCGUUAGUACUCUAUCUGAUCCAUGUCCAAUUCCGGAGCAAGAUGACAAAACGUUGAAGAAGAAAGAUGCAUUAUUGUUUGCACCUCUCUCAAACGUUGGCGCAGUGUCGUUUGAUAAAGACGCUAUUUACAUUGAUAUCGGACGUGCCAAUUACACGAAGAACACGGAACUCGAGGGGAACAACAAGGAAGUCUCCGAUAGAGAAAUUGAUCCUGAAGAACCUGCUGGUAUGUUAAAGGGGCUGCAAGAUAUCGAUAGUGCUGUUGAUGAGAAGAUGGAAAGUGCAGCACUCCGGCUCUACAUGGGUAGCAAAGCUGUUCCGGCAGGUUAUGAUUAUGAUUCCGACGCGGAAAGAGACGAAUCGUCAGUCUUGCCAUCUCCUAGCGCACACGACGAUGGCCACCGAGCCGAAAUCUAUCCUGGGAUUAAAGUUCAUAAGUCUGAUUCUUAUAAGGAAGAGUCGACCGAUACACCAGAAGAGUCUAAUAGUGACGAAGACAGCACUGAAGGAAGCGACGAUGGUGUAGAAGAUGAAAGCGAUGACGAAUCCAAAUAUGAUAUCGAAGGCGGGGGCGGAGAGAUGUCAUGGAAACGAGACAUCACAAAACAUGCUGUUGAAUCUUUCCUUGUGAGACAAGCGUCAAAAUUGAACCUGAAGGAAUACGUAUAUGGGAGCAAUGGUGGAAUCCAGGUGACAGACGAUCAGGGUGAGGAUGAUGGAGAGUCAUCAGAUGAUGAAGAAUUCUUCAAGUUAAAGGCAUCUUCGAGAGAAAAGGAAGGUUCCCAUGGCAGUACUAAAUUGUCUUUAUCUGUGUUGACUGAAAAUGAUUCUUGCCGUAUCAUGGGAAACGAGCGGGUUGACUCAGAGGUGGACAGAUGGCUGAGUGUGGACAGUUCCUUGAUAGAGUCGGUCCGUGAUAAGUUCGUCACUGGAAAUUGGGGUGCAAAACAAGAUGGUGAUCUUGGUAGUUUCGAAGAUUUGGAAACUGGAGAGCGAUAUGGUCCAGGAGGUGAAGUGCUCUCUGACAAUGGAAAUAGUGAUUCCGAGGACGAGAGCGUUGGAGAUAUGAACGACGCCGAGCUUAGAGACUACCAUGCCAAGAAGAAAGCUUCUCUAAAAAGGAGGUAUGAUCAAGACUACGACGAAAAAAAAGUAACAAACGGCAGCGAGACCAAGGAUGAAGACGCGGAAAAUAAAUACCUUGAAGAGUUGAAGAGGCAGAAGGAAGAGCGAUCAAAGAUGAACGAAAGUGAGUUCGGCGAGGAAGGUGAACGCGCUCGCCUUCGCCACGAAGGUUUCCGACAGGGGCUGUACUGUAGAAUUCAGAUCGAUGGAGUACCUCAUUCCUUCGUGAAGAAUUUUAAUCCAAAUCUCCCCCUUGUUAUUGGUGGGCUCACUCCGCAGGAAACCAACCUAGGUCUGACCCGAUGCCGAAUCAAGAAACAUAGAUGGCAUCAGCGCAUUUUGAAGUGCAACGAUCCUCUUAUAUUUAGCAUCGGUUGGAGACGUUUUCAGAGUAUACCCACAUAUUCGACAGAAGACGAGAAUGGAAGACACCGGUACCUGAAGUAUACUCCUGAGCACAUGCACUGUUUUGCAACUUUCUACGGUCCACAGGCGGCUCCAAAUUCUGGAAUACUUGCCAUUCAACGUCUGUCAGGAAACAUUUCAGGAUUCCGAAUUGCUGCGACUGGUGUUGUUCUUGAGCUCGACGCCUCUUUCCCAGUGGUCAAGAAGCUAAAGCUUGUGGGCACGCCGACAAAAAUAUACAAGAACACUGCUUUCAUAAGCGGCAUGUUCAACAGUGAUCUUGAAGUCAGUCGUUUUGAAGGAGCAAGCAUUCGAACUGUAAGCGGUAUCCGAGGUCAGGUCAAAAAGGCAGCACGGGAAGGCCAACCAGGAUCAUUUCGUGCUACUUUUGAGGAUAAGAUCUUGCUAUCUGAUAUCGUUUUCUGUCGAACCUGGAUGCCGGUGCAAAUGAAGGAAUAUUACAAUCCUGUUACAAAUCAUUUGGAAAGCGGUGACGAAAGCUGGCAUGGUAUGAAGCCCAAAGCGCAGCUUCAAAUUGAGACGAAGAUUCCUAUAGAGGUCAAUCCAGAUUCCAUCUACAAGCCCAUCGAUCGUCCUGAUGUAAAGUUCAGCAAAUUGAAUAUCCCCAAGAAACUCGAGGAGGCUCUCCCAUAUGCGAGUAAGCACAAGAAUGAGAAUAAGCGCAACGGUAAGGGCUACGUGGCGAGGCGCGCAGUAGUAAUGGAAUCAAGUGAAAAGAAGAAGUACUCGUUCUUGCAGGCUCUCAACAGUAUUCGCAACGAGAAGGUGAAAAUUCGGAAAGACAAGAAGGAAAACAAGAGAAUUGAUCAAUCAAAAAAGAGCGCAAAGAAAGAAGAAGCACUUCUUGCCAUCAGAAAAGCUGCAAAGAAAAGGCAAUACCGUGCCGAAGGGAAACGUGAAAAGGCAAAAGAAGCUAAGCGACAGAAAGUUGGCUAA